AAUAAUAAUAAACUCCCCUUUCUCGUCACAGCUGCAAAUUUCCCUUCCAGCUUCUCUGGUUUCAUUCCCAAUUCACAGAAUAGAGUAAAAAAAACUUCCAGUCUUUCCUCAAAUGUUUUCUCCAUGUGGUUAGUACUACUGCUUCGCGCUCCUGUUUUCAGCUGGAGCUGACCAAGCUAACAGCUUUUUCUAGAUGGAAGAGAUGAAUUACAGUGGGUGCAGGGUGGGUUGAGUUAAUUCAUGGAGCCCAAUUUAUCACUGCUCAAGAUUUUGGGCAGUCAGUUUCACCAGCACAGUUUGGGAAUAAUUUGCUGCCACUGCCCAGAUUGUAAGGUAACGUUAUGAGCUGACUUGCACAGGUGCAUAAAUGAACAUGUGGAUUGCUGAGAAGUGUUGGGGCUGAUACGUCCAAAUUGCGCUUCUGCCUUUCCUUGUGAAGUUUUGAAUAGGUGCGCUGAAGGCAGUAGAAAUACUCCUUGUGGAGAACAGUCUUGGCCUUGGAACAUACUUUUUUGUUUUGUGAGACUUGGAGGAUUUUUUUCUGCAAAUUUAAGGUUUGUGGCUUUUUUGUAGUGUGGACUGUGCUACAUAAUACUGUAGUAUUUCAUUUAAGAACUCUUCUUGUAUCUUCAUGACUAUAAAAUGUAGCUGUUGAAGGUUUCAUAGGCGAUAAAGAAGAAUUAUAAAGUUUUAGAUGGAUGGAUUUUAAUAGUAUAACUUCAUUCUGAUGUAGUUCCUUUUUUUUUUUUUGUUUUUGUUUUUGCUUGGGCAUAGAAGGAAGAAACCUUUUUUUUUUUUUUUUUCUUGCUAUGUCAGGUGUCAGUUGGUGAAGACCGGGUUGGUGUCAUAACAAGCUAUUUAAAAGAAGUACAGUAGUAGAAGCCAAAUGUCUUCAUCUACUAUCCAUUUCGUUAAGAGUAUGUCACACUUUACUUCCAUUUGUACAAUAAGUGUUUUGAAGCGAUUUCUCGUGUACUAGAGAUAAUUAGGUCCUGGUUUCAUUGCAGUUACUGGGCUGCUUUCAGGAGAAGCCAGUUUUUCGGUUUGUCUUCAGGGUGUACAUCUGUCAUAAUUCUGCUUUCUUCCCAUUCUGUCUCUGCAGCUGUUCAGUGCAGUUUAUUAUAGUGACAUCCGUUAACACGGUUACAGUUAAUUGUCUGUCAGAGUUUGAAUUAUGCACUCUUUUUACCCAGAGGUUUAUACAGCCCUUUAAAGCACUUUAGUAAGAGUUGUGCUAUGUAAAACCUUUGACCUGAGGAUGUAGAUUUUUUCACGUAUAAUUUUUAAAAAUUUGGUUCUGUUUAGCUAUUUGCAUAACAAAGACUGACACACUUCACAUCUUUCUCUUUGAUCAUCUCUCUACUUGGGGUCAAACUGAGUGAAAAAGUAUACCAUGUUCUUAACUGUGCAGUAGUAGCGUAAAAAGUUCUGUGGUGUGUCGCACAUGGAUGUACGUGUGUGCACACUGCCACACCGGGGUAAUGUCUGGAUUUCUGCUCUGAGGAAGCUAGGAGAAAGGAUUUGGAUUUUUUUUUUCACUCGUACCUGUGUAACUCAUGGGACUUCAGUGUGGGAGGAAAAAAAUGAAAGGAAAGAUUUUAGCGUUGCUGUCCAGUGUGGUUUUUGGGUCUUGUUGGUUGUUUUGAUCUCUUGCAGAACUAAGAAUGCAGGAGCACGAUAAUGCAUACUGGUAAAAAUAGUGAGUUUGCUGUACUGCGUCAUGUUGCUUAUUCUAACCUACUGCACUGCAUCUGCCAGCGAAUACUGGGAAGUAGGCAGAAAUGUCUGUAUUCCUAACUGUAUCUAGCUAUUUGCGUAGACUUUGAUGUUUGUUGCUCACCUCUACAAGGAUAUGUAAAUCCAAAUGUUAUUUUGUGGCCUGACAUUGAUUAUAUUGGAUUAUCAUCUAGUAAUUUCAUUUGCAUAGCUUUUUACAAGUAUUUUGAAAAAGGCUUAGUGCUCUUUUCAAAAUACAGUAGCCAGAAGAAGUGUUUCAGGCAUUGUAAUCUUGCCUUUAAAAACCAUCUGAGCAAUUGUACAAUGUAAGUCCGGAGGUGCGUUUGUACGUUUGAAGUUUGUACCUAAUCAACGAGUAAAACCCAGAGCUUAGCUUUCAGAGGUAGCGUGAUGAAAAAGGAUGGAACAGCCACUGGUGACGUGUCUCUGUAAAGCACAGUGCCUUCAGCCUCUGGAGCAGCACAGCAAAACGCGUUGCAACCUGUGCCAGCCUCACCAGUACUGCCCCGGUAUGGGUAGCUCAUCUGAGGGUGCUUGGUGGCUAAAAAGUCAUGGCCUCUGCCCCAUCUUUGCCAUUGCGGUGGUGUGAUUGCACAAAGUGCUCUUAGAUACUUUGUCAACCCUUGGAAAUGGGGUGACAUUGCCAGCAGAGUUACGGUGGUUUCUAUAAAGCUGUGUUUGCUUGAAGGCUGGCAUUUGCCUGAGUCCACUUUAACCCCUCCCAAUAAAUGGGUAAAUGUUAUAAUGGAGUUCUCGGGAGAAAUAACUAUCAGUGUGCUGUGUGUUGGUCUGUCUGAUUUCUGAAAGGGUGAUUUUAACAUGAAGUAACAAUCAUCUCUCAAGGAAAGGAAAGUGAAACGAUGUACAAAAGUCACUGGGUUAUUAGGAAUUUACAUGUGUCACUGAAAACUCAGGGAAUGUUUGGCUUGGUGAUGCAGCAGCCUUUGUUACAUGAGGGCUGCUGGACUCUGUUGUAGCUUUUCAAGUGUUGGGCUUACUGUGCAGGCGAACGGUGUAUGGGCAAAUGCCCUUUUGGGGCUUGUGUAAGAAUUUGGGAAAAACAGCUGUAGAAAUGUUUGUGAUAGAAGAUACAGGCUUCAAAGGCACUGCUUGGUUGGCUGCUUCCUUGCUUCAGAGAAGCAUUCAUUUUGCAAAGGGGUUUGGGAAGUUGUUCUGUGGCAUGUGUGGGUGCAGUGAAUGUUUUGUGGAAACUUCUGGACUAAACAGCAAUUAUGUGGUUGCGUGCAGUUGUUGGGAAUUGAACUCAGUAACCUGGGUGGUCUCUUCCUGUCCUGCAAGUGUUGCAGGCUGAGUGCAUAGUUUUUACUUAUUAUUGGUAUGAAUCUUAAAUCUUAGCUUAAAUAUUUCACCCUUUUUAUGCUUCCAUGUGAAUUCUCUUUGCUUACAGGCAUAGUGAUCAUAGCCAGUUUGUACUAUUAAACUAGCUGUCGCACAAUCAGUCUUGAAUGAACCUGCCUCCACUUCUGACCCAUUGGAAUUGACAGACGUACUUCAGUUUCAGAAUGUUUUAAUAAGAUCAGAGUUGGAUCAGAUGCAUUGUAUAUGCACCUGAGUAUAUUAAGUGUAUGUCAAAAUACAGUCAAGUGAAAAAUGCCAACAUUUUCAUGACUGUGAAGAGUGAGAAUUUGAAAGAAAAGUAAUGUUGCUGGCACUCAAAUCUCAGAUUAGGAAAGGAAAGAGAAUGAAAUAAGUAAUUUUACUGAAAAGUUUGAUAGUUUUUUCCAUCCUGCCUUUUUUCAGUAUAAAAGUACCUUCUUAUUUUUAGUUAAGGAUGUCCCAUGAAGAAUGAGUUACUAUAGUUGUUUUGUUGGUUUGGUGUUCUUUUUUUCUUUCCUUGAAGAUUAGAAAAGCAUUACUUGAAUUCACAGUAUUCUCUAAACUUGCUGGGAAAAUGUGUAUGUCUGUGGUUGAACAGGGAAAGCCUGCACCUUCAGUCUGCACCUAAACCAUCACUAUCCAUAAUCCGUGUUUAUUUUUAAUGCAGUUCUUGCAUGACUUUGAGGUCACCAUCACCUGAUAGAAACUGGCUGCCUGCUGUUUCCCGUGGAGAUCAUGAAACGACGUCGGCUUCCUAGCAGCAGUGAGGAUUCUGACGACAAUGGCAGUCUGUCCACCUGGUCCCAGCAUUCCAGAUCUCGACAUCGGAGGACUUCAUGUUCCAGACAUGAAGAUCGAAAACCUUCUGAGGUGUUCAGAACGGACCUGAUCACUGCCAUGAAGUUACAUGACUCCUUCCAGCUGAACCCUGAUGAAUACUAUGUGCUGGCAGACCCCUGGAGGCAGGAGUGGGAAAAGGGAGUUCAGGUGCCAGUUAGCCCAGGGACCAUCCCAGAACCAGUAGCCAGGAUUGUGUCCGAGACAAAAGCUGUCACGUUUACACGUCCCAGGAAGUACAUCGUUUCGUCAGGUUUGGAGCCUCCAGAGCUGGGCUAUGUUGACAUUCGAACCUUAGCAGACAGCGUGUGUCGCUACGAUCUCAAUGAGGUGGAUGUAGCAUGGUUGCAGCUUGCCAAUGAAGAAUUCAAAGAAAUGGGGAUGCCUGAGCUGGACGAGUACACGAUGGAAAGGGUCAUAGAGGAGUUUGAACAACGAUGCUACGAUAACAUGAGUCAUGCUAUUGAGACGGAAGAAGGACUUGGGAUUGAAUAUGAUGAAGACGUUGUCUGUGAUGUCUGUCAGUCUCCAGAUGGAGAAGAUGGCAAUGAAAUGGUGUUUUGUGACAAAUGCAAUAUUUGCGUGCACCAGGCCUGUUACGGGAUCCUGAAGGUGCCGGAAGGCAGCUGGCUGUGCAGGACCUGCGCGCUUGGCGUUCAGCCCAAGUGUUUGCUGUGUCCCAAGAAGGGUGGUGCCAUGAAGCCGACCCGCAGUGGCACCAAGUGGGUCCACGUUAGUUGUGCUCUGUGGAUUCCAGAGGUGAGCAUCGGAAGCCCAGAAAAAAUGGAGCCCAUCACAAAGGUUUCUCACAUUCCCAGCAGUAGGUGGGCACUGGUGUGCAGCCUUUGUAAUGAAAAAGUUGGAGCUUCUAUACAGUGUUCAGUGAAGAACUGCAGAACAGCCUUUCACGUCACCUGUGCAUUUGACCGCGGCUUGGAGAUGAAGACCAUACUGGCAGAGAACGAUGAGGUGAAAUUUAAGUCUUACUGUCCCAAGCACAGCUCCACCAAGAAGACGGAUGAUGAGACUUUCAGUGAGAGCCCAGGUCAGGAGAACGGGAACGGGAUUCAGGACAGCUCUCUUCCUGCCCACAUCGAUCCUUUCCACAGCAUGGAUCAAAACCAGGAGGAGGCCCACAGGGUCAGCCUCCGCAAGCAGAAGCUCCAGCAGCUGGAGGAUGAGUUCUAUACGUUUGUUGAGUCUUUGGAAGUGGCUAAAGCGCUGCGGCUGCCUGAGGAGCCGGUGGGAUUCCUUUACCAGUACUGGAAGCUGAAGAGAAAAGCCAACUUCAAUAAGCCUUUGAUUACCCCAAAGAAGGAUGAAGAGGACAAUCUGGCUAAACGGGAACAGGAUGUUCUGUUCAGAAGACUGCAGCUCUUCACACACCUCCGGCAGGAUCUGGAGCGGGUGCGUAACCUCACUUACAUGGUGACCCGAAGGGAAAAAAUCAAGAGAUCUGUUUGCAAAGUUCAAGAGCAGAUAUUUAAUAUCUACGCAAAGCAGCUGGAACAAGAAAGAGUUUCAGGCGUGCCUUCCUCAUUCUCCUCAAUGGAAAACACGGUGCUGUUCAAUAGUCCAUCUUUGGGCCCCAAUGCCCCUAAGAUAGAGGAUUUGAAAUGGCAUUCGGCGUUCUUCAGGAAACAAAUGGGCACAUCUCUAAGCCACUCUUUGAAAAAACCACACAAGAGAGACAGAGUAAGAAACAGCUCUGGGAACGACAGCAAAUCCAUGCUGCGGCAGCCCAGCCAAAGGGAAGGCGGUGCAGCUCCAGGUAGCUUUUUAAAUUUUGACAAGACCUUUGCAGAAACACGGCUUGUAUCAGCACAGCAGAAAAAUGGCAUAGUUAUACCAGACCACAGAAAAAGAAGAGACAAUCGUCCCCAGUGCGAGGUGAUCAAGGCAGAGCUAAAGGAAAAGACUUCUAAACACAACCACAAACCACUGAGACCCACAGAACUCUCUCAGAGGCAAUCAGAAAAUAAAAGGGCUGUGAACCACUCCGGUGGUAGGUCAGCACCUGGCACGCGGAGGGAUAUAGUGCCUAAAUGCAACGGGGGGCUUGUCAAAGUAAACUCUACUCAGACAGUAGUUAAAGUGCCUACGACGCCCACGAGCCCAGUGAAAAACUGGGGCGGAUUCCGAAUUCCAAAGAAGGGGGAGAGGCAACAGCAGGGCGAGAGCCCGGAGGAGACUUGCCGCCAGAACUCCAGCUACCCCUGCCUGGGUGUGGGCAGAGUUUCACCGAAGGACAGGCCAAAAAGCAAGCUAAAGCCUGACAGUGAGAAUGAUGGGUACAUCCCCGAUGUCGAAAUGAGCGAUUCAGAGACUGAAGUGGCUGAAAAAAAGUGCAGGCAGCAGAGGCUCAGUCCAAACAGCACUAUCAGCAGAAGGACGGACAUUAUUAGGCGAAGCAUCCUGGCAUCCUGACUGGACACAGGGACACGGUGUCAGCACCGUGGUCAGUAGAGUCACUGCCUAUAAGCCAACUCCACAUUAUUUAUUGGUGUGAGAGAGGAGAGUUCUUAGACGUGGCUACAGAUUGACAAAUCGAUAACCCAUUAUUCCUGAGCUGUAUAAACAUGUUUACAUGCACUUAAAGCUGUUUUUUUUUUGCCCCCCCCCCCCAUUCUGUGAGAAGUUUGAAUCUCCUUUAUUUGCAACUUUCCUGAGUAAGCAGAGAAAUGACAUCACUACUAUAAUAGGAUUUGUGAUGAACACUAAAAUAACUCAUGAAAACCUUUUAGAAGGGGCUAGGGUGGGUAGGGGGAAGUAGGCUGCAUUCAUCCCUUGUAGCUAAGAAGCACUGAUAAAAUUUUACUGCCUUCCCCUUCCUUCUGGAAAAGCACAAGCUCUUAAUUUAACUAAACUAGUGUGUAUUGAAUGGAAGAUGGUUGUUUAACCAUACUGCACUGCUAAACCCCAUUACAAAUGGUCACUUUCCUUGGAUGGUGGUAGGUCUUUUUCCCCUCUUGGCAGAGUGUUUUCUCUUGCAUUUGGUUUGAGCAUAGAUGGCUGCUCAAAACCCUCCAUAAGCUCCAGAGUUUACAUGUCAAGACACUUAGUUAUGAGAUGACCAGAUUGAACCGUGACGUUAUACUGGAGGAGGAGGAAGGGACGGGUCAGGGCUGCAGCUGCCUUGCAGUGCAACAGCAGCUUGGAAAGACUCAGACUGAGCAAGGUCUGAGAAAGGGAGCAGGCUUGUGGGUUGCGGCAGCCCGUGGAGUAACCCUUCACCGUUGAGUCAGUCACCUGCCUCUGGGAGUCUGAUGACAAUUCAAGAAAAAAAUAAUUUCUAAGGCACUAGUCGGUAGGAUUUCCCAAAGCCCACCACAUAUGCACUAAUGGUACGUACGGGGAAAGCCAGGCUUAUGACACUAAAGGGUUGCUUUAAAGUGGACAUGAAUAUAUAUUUUUAAACAGAGUAAAAUGGAGAGGCAAUAAAUUGUGAUUAGUUCUUUACAGUCAAAAGAAGAAAAAAUAUUUCAUUCUAUUCUGGACUAGAUUUGAUGGAAGAGGGAACUCAUAUUCUGAUAGCGUACUUUUUUUUUUUAAUAAUUGCAAAUGGCAAUAACUAGUAAGCUGUGAGCAAUAAUAUUAGCAGAUCAUUAGGAUACUGUUUUGUACCGAGUAGAGUGCACAUAUAUAACACUGGAGCGUUAGGAGCCUGUAAAUUUUGGAAUUCUGCAUAGAUAUAAGAAGUCAGGUAUGUACUGGUGAAAAAGUUUCAGCAGCAAUGUGUUACAGAAAGACAGGCAUAAAGAACCCCCUUACCCGCAACGCGCUCCCCACCCCCGCCCUCUUCUACUCCUAGCCUGCCGUUAUCACAUCUGCUCACUUGUUAAUGUUAGACCCUUGCCUCUUGAGCAGGGAACAUUUAAAACACAGUAGAACUCUGCCAUAACUGAGUCUUCCAGAGGAUUCAAUCACAAAAAAAAAAAAAAGAAAAAAAAAAGCUUAUUAACACCCUAUCUUGCUAUGCAAGUUAUCACUUAAUUAAAUAUUUCAACAGAGUGCAUCCCUAUCCUUUGUUUUAAAACUCAGAAGUCUUAACCUUUUGAGGAAGGGGAAUUUUGCGUAAGAUAGCAUACCUUUAAAAAACCAUUGCUGGUCCUAAGAAGUUAGAUUAACUUCAUGACUUAGAGGUGAAAUUCAGUCAAACUGGUGAAUCUGAAAUUAGGUAGUCGCUCUUGGGACGUGUUAAAAGAAUAAGUACUUAUUUGAUUAAACAACAACAGACAGACAAAAGGUAAAUGCAGGUAAGUUCUACUCAACAUCCUGAUUAUUUUCCAGACAGGCACUGUUACUUUCUGUAAGAAACUCAUGACCGUAUAGGGAAUUGUUUGUCAAGCCAUAGAUGGAGUAAUCUAAAUUUGGAUUCUAAGUAAACAUUUAACCUCACACCAGUUUGAAAGAGGUACCUUGUCAAUUUGCACUAUUAUAAAUGCUAAUGUUGUGCAGAAUUAAUGCCUUAUCUAUUUUGCUCCCCGACGUUUAGGUUAAUAAGCUUUCUAAUGUUUCAAGGUAGGCUGAACCAAAACCAAAAAAGCUGUAAGACGACCGCAGUGUGACCAGCUCUGUAGGUUAGUUUCGUCUCCCGUGCUUAGCGCUCAGCAGAAGAGGUGUUGUAAGUACAGCAGUGACAAUACAAACCCAGCCCUGUAUUUUAUUGGGAUAGAACCAUUUGCUGAAUUUCUGUUUUUAAGCGUUACCUUUCCUUGUGCAGACUGACCAAGAGAUCUUUGAUUAUGAUUGGUGUAUUCUGUCAAACUGUAGGCUAGUUGAACUUCUGUAAAGUUGCCUGGAAUGCCAUUUGUUAGGUUAUAAACUCACACAAAGCUAAAUGAAGGGUUAUACGUGUUGUGUAUAAAUCUUAAUUUCAGAAAUUUGAGAAAAUUGUCAUUACAUUUGUAAAACCUUGUACAGAAGAUUUUUCACUAUGUGCCUAGCUUUGGUGUCCAUUCAGCUGAAAUUAAUUAAAAAAGGUGCAUGAAGACAAACAGAUAGAAAUAAAAAGUAUAUGUAGAGAUGACUAUUUUAUAUUACAUGGCCCUAUCCUGUAUUUAUUUUCUCCCUUUUCUGAAGUAUUUAUAAAGACCUAGUUGAAGACAGCUGUAUUUUUUGUUAAGAUAUUCAGUAGAAUUGUGCCUUUUUGUCUGUAUGUGAAUAAAUGCUGUACAUUUUUGCAGUA